AUGGCGUGUAAGACCGUGGAGAACGUGUGUACCAUGGUGUCCCACUACGCCCAGGGCUUCAUCACCGGGGAGAUGGGCCCCAUGCUCUGGUACCUGUUCACACACUCCACCGUCGACUCACUACGCGUCAGCGCCAUCUCAGUGAGUACAAACACCACACACAAUACACUAACCAGGGGAACAUGAACUCACUCACUCACUCACUCACUCAGCCACUCACUCACUCAGCCACUCACUCACUCAAAUAUUUUACUUUCAUUUGUGAUUGAAGUAGACAUAUUGUAUGUACUGAUGAAAUACUACUGGAUGGAUUACAUUCAUUUAUAUAACCUGCGUUGGGACUAAUAUCUUGAUACCAGACCUAGGUUCCUAUUUAAAAUGUUUCUUGAUUGAGCUUGUCUGGCCCAAAGAAACCAAUGGAAUAGUCCCAAAUGUGCAAACCCCGCCUAUCCGCCACUUCAGGCACUAUUAGAUGUGUUGGAAAGUGAACUUGAUAGUCAUUGAGGCCUUCCUGUUUUAUUAACUUCAUACAGGCCCUGUGCAGAAUCACCCGCCUCUCAGCUAGUGCCUUCCAGAGUGUGAUUGACAAGGUGGGGCUGCCGGCCAUCUUAGCCAGCCUGGUGUCGGGGAUCAGCCGUGUCCAGCAGCACAUACUCACCAUGUUCGCUGCCAUGCUGGCGUCCGGGGCCCACGCACAGCUACACAGGCUAGUCCAGGAGCGGGUAUGUAACCUACUGGAGUUUAGCAUCUUGUUAAACACCAACACUCCUAAAUGAUACCAUGUUCCCUACAUAGUGCACUACCUUUGACCCUAUGACCCUAAAUCCUCUCCCAACGGAGCGCAUGCAGCCAAAGCCAGAUAAGAUGCAGAUAAGAAAGAGAAAGGUUUGUCUGCAUGUGAUGUCUAGUCUGUCUCAGGGCCUCAACAACUGGGAUGGUAGAGAAUCAUUUUCUUCAAAGAGAGGAGGUCUGGCGCUGUUCUCUUCUUUCCUUAGGUUGACAUGACUCCCAGUCAGUGAGACUUGAACAAACAUGCCUUAUUCUUACUGAUGAUUAUCUUUAAAUAUUCAUCUUGCUUUCAGGAUUCUCCACUGAGAGGGGCAGUACUGUUUCGUAAUAGCAGUAGGUUUGCUAAUGCACAAACAAGGCCCUCCCUCCUGUAAAGUUCCUAUAGUCAGAAAUGAAUUGAAGGAGAACCAAUUUGGCUGAAAUUAAACAUUAUCCUUCAAUAAUGCUGCGCAUCCUGCAUUAUCUGAAGUGGUAAUCAAUUGGAAUAUGAGCCGGUGUAAGUGAUUUAAGAAGGUACUGUACAUCGCUGCCUUCAAGGUUCUGUGAGAGUACCAUUGGUCAUUUAGUUUGACCUGAAUUAAUCUACAUGUACAUUUCCAAUUUCACUUGGGAAAAAACAAGUCUUUGAGUGCAUAAAACUUACUGCAUCACCUUUGCACCAAUUAUAAAAUGCUAUACAUUUUCCUCAUUAAUUCCCUUGACAAAUAGAAGUCCGGAAAGCCUUGUGUUUAUUCAUGAAUUUUAAUUUCAAUGAAUCUCUAAGCAACUCCACUAAUUGGGGAAGGAGCUGCAACAAUCUUCUAGUGCAGCUUGGAAUACUGUUGAUGUAAUUACAAUUUAUGCAGCAGAGUAGACCACAGGCUUUUGAAAUUAAUUAACUCAACUGCUCACAAACACAACAACAGCCAGUAUUUAAUCACAGUGUUUAGGAUUGUUCUUGUCUGUCUUACUCCUGACGUCAUUUUCCAUUUUCCUCCUGAUUGUGUAAGUUAAUCAGUUCUGCCUAAUUUGCUGCCCAGUCAAUACAGUUGAGCCAAUUAGUUCUAUUAACCUCUGAUUUUAUGAUAAGUGUAUUGUUUUGGAGAGGCUGUUGUUUCCCCUGCAGCACCUUCCAGAUAGUGUAAGUGAUAACACCUGUACCAGCCCACAGGGAGCCUUCCAUCUCAGUGUAGCUCAGUGUCAGGUCAACACUAUAGCUGUCUCUCCUGGUCAGCUAAGACUCAGUGUCAGGUCAACACUAUAGCUGUCUCUCCUGGUCAGCUAAGACUCAGUGUCAGGUCAACACUAUAGCUGUCUCUCCUGGUCAGCUAAGACUCAGUGUCAGGUCAACACUAUAGCUGUCUCUCCUGGUCAGCUAAGACUCAGUGUAGCUCAGUGUCAGGUCAACACUAUAGCUGUCUCUACUGGUCAGCUAAGACUCAGUGUCAGGUCAACACUAUAGCUGUCUCUCCUGGUCAGCUAAGACUCAGUGUAGCUCAGUGUCAGGUCAACACUAUAGCUGGCUCUACUGGUCAGCUAAGACUCAGUGUAGCUCAGUGUCAGGUCAACACUAUAGCUGUCUCUACUGGUCAGCUAAGACUCAGUGUAGCUCAGUGUCAGGUCAACACUAUAGCUGUCUCUACUGGUCAGCUAAGACUCAGUGUAGCUCAGUGUCAGGUCAACACUAUAUCUGGCUCUACUGGUCAGCUAAGACUCAGUGUAGCUCAGUGUCAGGUCAACACUAUAUCUGGCUCUACUGGUCAGCUAAGACGCAGUGUAGCUCAGUGUCAGGUCAACACUAUAGCUGGCUCUACUGGUCAGCUAAGACUCAGUGUCAGGUCAACACUAUAGCUGACUCUCCUGGUCAGCUAAGACUCAGUGUAGCUCAGUGUCAGGUCAACACUAUAGCUGGCUCUACUGGUCAGCUAAGACUCAGUGUCAGGUCAACACUAUAGCUGACUCUCCUGGUCAGCUAAGACUCAGUGUAGCUCAGUGUCAGGUCAACACUAUAGCUGACUCUCCUGGUCAGCUAAGACUCAGCUAACCCCACUUGACUCCAUUACAGUUGAACAUGUCUUAAAGGGAUAGUUCUGACUUACCCUAGGGUGUUGUUGUUUUAUCAAAACCAAUUUUAAAUGUGGCUGGUUUUUAUGGAGAGUCCAUAAUCUCCAGGCUAGCAUUUUUUGGCGAAGGUAGCAAUGAUAGUCAAAUAGAUUGUAUCAUAACACCAAAACAGUGAACUAUCCCAUUAAUCGAGUGGCUGUCUGUCAUAACAGGACUUUGUGGUGAAGAUAAUGCGUUCCCUGGAGAGCCCGUCCUCUGUCAUCAGAGCCAAGGCCUUCCUGGUUCUCCUUCAGGUCCUCUGCAGCAACAGGGACAUGCUGCUACUCUGCUGCAACUCCAGGUACAGACAGGUUUACUACACAUUCUCACACACACAUGGAUGCACGCACAUGCUAGCAUACACACCUACACACACAGGUAAUGAAAUGUGUCCAACAGCACUAUUUUGGCUUUGUAGAGGAAGACUGGAAUGGAAUAGAUGCCUUAAAGUCCUCAGCCUAGAACCAAUAUCAAAGUGCAACAUGGUGUAAAAAACACUGUUAAAUGAGUUCUAGCAAAUGGCACAGCAACCGGAGAAAUGGUUUUCUCUAAUAAAUUCCACUGGUUGCUCAAGCAAAAUAUCAUUCUAAACCAAUUUAUGCCGGGAAAACACUUUUAAGCCCCAGGAUUUGAGAUAAAGUAUUUUGAGUGGGGGAAAAGGGGUGGAAUCCUGAAUCAAAGGGAAGAAGAGAUGGUUAUUUGAUAAGGGUUGAAUGUUGUUGUCUGUGACUCGGAUCUCUACUAUAAUUAUGAAGAGGAAGUAGGACAGCUCUUUGUAUCAAGCUGAUAGUAGGUUAUACUAGGUCUGAUAGUAGGUUAUACUAGGUCUGAUAGUAGGUUAUACUAGAUCUGAUAGUAGGUUAUACUAGGUCUGAUAGUAGGUUAUACUAGAUCUGAUAGUAGGUUAUACUAGAUCUGAUAGUAGGUUAUACUAGAUCUGAUAGUAGGUUAUACUAGGUCUGAUAGUAGGUUAUACUAGGUCUGAUAGUAGGUUGUACUAGGUCUGAUAGUAGGUUAUACUAGAUCUGUAGUAGGUUAUACUAGAUCUGAUAAGUAGGUUAUACUAGGUCUGAUAGUAGUUAUACUAGGUCUGAUAGUAGGUUAUACUAGAUCUGAUAGUAGGUUAUACUAGGUCUGAUAGUAGGUUAUACUAGAUCUGAUAGUAGGUUAUACUAGAUCUGAUAGUAGGUUAUACUAGAUCUGAUAGUAGGUUAUACUAGGUCUGAUAGUAGGUUAUACUAGGUCUGAUAGUAGGUUAUACUAGAUCUGAUAGUAGGUUAUACUAGAUCUGAUAGUAGGUUAUACUAGGUCUGAUAGUAGGUUAUACUAGAUCUGAUAGUAGAUUAUACUAGGUCUGAUAGUAGGUUUACAAUUAUAGUAAUUACUGAUUGAUAGUAGGUUAUACUAGAUCUGAUAGUAGGUUAUACUGGUCUGAUAGUAGGUUAUACUAGAUCUGAUAGUAGGUUAUACUAGAUCUGAUAGUAGGUUAUACUAGGUCUGAUAGUAGGUUAUACUAGAUCUGAUAGUAGGUUAUACUAGAUCUGAUAGUAGGUUAUACUAGGUCUGAUAGUAGGUUAUACUAGGUCUGAUAGUAGGUUAUACUAGAUCUGAUAGUAGGUUAUACUAGAUCUGAUAGUAGGUUAUACUAGAUCUGAUAGUAGGUUAUACUAGAUCUGAUAGUAGGUUAUACUAGAUCUGAUAGUAGGUUAUACUGAUUGAUAGUAGGUUAUAUAGGUCUGAUAGUAGGUUAUACUAGAUCUGAUAGUAGGUUAUACUAGAUCUGAUAGUAGGUUAUACUAGAUCUGGUAGUAGGUUAUACUAGGUCUGAUAGUAGGUUAUACUAGAUCUGAUAGUAGGUUAUACUAGAUCUGAUAGUAGGUUAUACUAGAUCUGAUAGUAGGUUAUACUACAUUUACAUUUACGUCAUUUAGCAGACGCUCUUAUCCAGAGCGACUUACAAAUUGGUGCAUUCACCCUAUAGCCAGUGGGAUAACCACUUUACAAAUGUUUUAUUUUAUUUUUUAUUUUAUUUUUUAGGGGGGGUGGGCGGGGGGGUAGAAGGAUUAGUUUAUCCUAUCCCAGGUAUUCCUUAAAGAGGUGGGGUUUCAAAUGUCUCCGGAAGGUGGUGAGUGACUCCGCUGUCCUGGCGUCGUGAGGGAGCUUGUUCCACCAUUGGGGUGCCAGAGCAGCGAACAGUUUUGACUGGGCUGAGCGGGAACUAUGCUUCCGCAGAGGAAGGGGAGCCAGCAGGCCAGAGGUGGAUGAACGCAAUGCCCUCGUUUGGGUGUAGGGACUGAUCAGAGCCUGAAGGUACAGAGGUGCCGUUCCCCUCACAGCUCCAUAGGCAAGCACCAUGGUCUUGUAACAGAUGCGAGCUUCAACUGGAAGCCAGUGGAGUGUGCGGAGGAGCGGGGUGACGUGAGAGAACUUGGGAAGGUUGAACACCAGGCGGGCUGCGGCAUUCUGGAGGAGUUGUAGGGGUUUAAUGGCACAGGCAGGGAGCCCAGCCAACAGCGAGUUGCAGUAAUCCAGACGGGAGAUGACAAGUGCCUGGAUUAGGACCUGUGCCGCUUCCUGUGUAAGGCAGGGUCGUACUCUCCGAAUGUUGUAGAGCAUGAACCUGCAGGAUCGGGUCACCGCCUUGAUGUUAGCGGAGAACGACAGGGUGUUGUCCAGGGUCACGCCAAGGCUCUUCGCACUCUGGGAGGAGGACACAACGGAGUUGUCAACCGUGAUGGCGAGAUCAUGGAACGGGCAGUCCUUCCCCGGGAGGAAGAGCAGCUCCGUCUUGCCAAGGUUCAGCUUGAGGUGGUGAUCCGUCAUCCAUACUGAUAUGUCUGCCAGACAUGCAGAGAUGCGAUUCGCCACCUGGUUAUCAGAAGGGGGAAAGGAGAAGAUUAGUUGAGUAUCGUCAGCGUAGCAAUGAUAGGAGAGGCCAUGUGAGGAUAUGACAGAGCCAAGUGACUUGGUAUAUAGGGAGAAUAGGAGAGGGCCUAGAACUGAGCCCUGGGGGACACCAGUGGUGAGAGCACGUGGUGCGGAGACAGCUUCUCGCCACGCCACUUGGUAGGAGCGACCGGUCAGGUAGGACGCAAUCCAGGAGUGAGCCGUGCCGGAGAUGCCCAGCUCGGAGAGGGUGGAGAGGAGGAUCUGAUGGUUCACAGUAUACUAUACACAGUAUACAGUAUACACAGUAUACUAGAUCUGAUAGUAGAUUAUACUAGAUCGGAUAGUAGGUUAUACUAGAUCUGAUAGUAGGUUAUACUAGAUCUGAUAGUAGGUUAUACUAGAUCUGAUAGUAGGUUAUACUAGGUCUGAUAGUAGGUUAUAGUAGGUUGUAUGUUGGACAGAGUUUCUGUAGUCAGUCACUUGUUCUUACUUUACAUAAUUGGUGCAGAGUUAUUGAUUAUUUCUGAGUAUUUUAGUAGCACCUUGCUAAAAUACUAAAUUGUGAAGAAAUCAAAUAACAUAUUUAAAUGCAAAGUUUCAUAACAAAUGUAGUUAGUUAUGAAAGUUUCAGUGUAUAUCUUGAUAGGCAUUUCUGCUUUUGUGUGUGAGCCCAACAUCAUAUUUAGAAAUGGAAAUGAAUUGGCCUAGUUGCAGUUUAAACAGGCUAGACUAGCCAGCCCUGUCUGUAGACGUCCACCCCCCCCCCCUCUCUCUCUUUCCCUCUCCCUCUCUUUCUCUCUCUCUCUCUCUCUCUCUCUACUCUCGCUCUCUCUCUCUCCCUCUCUCUCUCCCUCUCCCUCUCCUCUCUAGCCAUGUGAUGCUGUUGGCUUCUAUUUGCUCCCAGACUUUAACAAGUGUUCCCAGGGCGGUCCCUGUCAGCACUAACCCCCCCACUCUAUCUCCUAACGUGAGAAUCGUCUGCAGCAAGGCGGCAGCGAGCGGCGGCACUCACCCAAACACUUCUCUAAUUAGCUCCACUGUGGCGCGCAGAGCGCACGGCCCACCACACGCUCCUCAUCGUCACGCCUUCUGAUAAACCAGCCUAGCACCCUGUUGUGGAAAUGUCAAGUUUGUUGCUUUGCGUGAAGUGUUUUCAAUGGUCGGAGAAGACAUGGAGAGACACUUGUAGGCCAAGCCAGGCGAUGCACGGUGACAGCGUUGCAGGGUGAAAUAUGCUCUGAAGAAAAGUUGUCUACAUGUCUUUUUAUAGCUCAACUGGAAAUGUGGAGAAAUUGGUUAGAAGUUUAGUACAACUGGUAAAAGGUCUGAGGGAUUGAGGCCUUUAUUUGAUAAUGCAUAUAACCAAUGGAUGACAUGUUAAUAGCCACGAUAGUUUCCUUGGAAUUAUUUAUUUAAUGAUGUAGCCUGUGAUAUGCAUCAUAAAUCAAAAACAUAGGUUGGACAACAUGACCUGUGGUGUGUACCAGUGGCGGCUGCUGAGGGGAGGACGGCUCACAAUAAUGGCUGGAAUGGAGCAAAUAGAUUGGCAUCAAACAUGGAAACCAUUAUUUUGUUGAUACCUUUCCACCAAUUCUGCUCCAGCCAUUACCACGUGCCCAUCCUCCCCAUUUAAGGUGCCACUAACCUCCUGUGGUGUGAACAUAAUUAUAUAUAUACAGUGCAUUCACUUCAUCUUUCCCUCGAUCCUGACUAGUCUCCCAGUCCCUGCCACUGAAAAACAUCCCCACAGCAUGAUGCUGCCACCACCAUGCUUCACGAUAGGGAUGGUACCAGGUUUCCUCCAGAUGUGACACUUGGCAUUCAGGCCAAAGAGUUCAAUCUUGGUUUCAUCAGACCAGAGAAUCUUGUUUCUCAUGGUCUGAGAGCCUUUAGGUGCCUUUUGGCAACUCCAAGCGGGCUCUCAUGUGCCUUUUACUGAGGAGUGGCUUCCGUCUGGCCACUCUACCAUAAAGGCCUGAUUGGUGGAGUGCUGCAGAGAUGGUUGUCCUUCUGGAAGGUUCUCCCAUCUCCACAGAGGAACUCUGGAGCUCUGUCAGAGUGACCAUCGGGUUCUUGGUCACCUCCCUGACCAAGGCCCUUCUCCUCCGAUUGCUCAGUUUGGCUGGGCGGACAGCUCUAGGAAGAGUCUUGGUGGUUCUAAACUUCUUCCAUUGAAGAAUGAUGGAGGCCACUGUGUUCUUGGGGACCUUGAAUGCUGCAGAAAUAUUUUGGUACCCUUCCCCAGAUCUGUGCCUCAACACAAUCAUGUCUCGGAGCUAUACGAACAAUUCCUUCGACCUCAUGGCUUGGUUUUUGCUCUGAUAUGCACUGUCAACUGUAGGACCUUAUAUAGACAGGUGUGUGCCUUUCCAAAUCAUGUCCAAUCAAUUGAAUUUACCACAGGUGGACUCCAAUCAAGUUGUAGAAACAUCUCAAGGAUGAUCAAUGGACACAGGAUGCACCUGAGCUCAAUUUUGAGUCUCAUAGCAAUACUUAUGCAAAUAAUUGUCUUGCUUUGUGAGCAUUGAGCAUUAAGCAGGGUUGAGGCUGAGGGAAAAGACUGGUUAAUUCCAUUCUGACUCUUGUUAAUCGGGCCGUGCCGCUGUGGACAGAGAGAGAGAGAGAGAGAGAGAGAGUUAAAUGAACACUGGGGCCUGAUUGUGUGGAGCUGAGUGGGCAGAUUCUCUCAUCAGCAGCAGAACAAAUGAACGAACACUGCUGAAAUUAUAUUCCCACUGGCCCCCCAGGACUAUAACAGGAAGUGGGAAGCCCAGAUGUCAGGCUGCCACGCCUAUCAAUCCCUGUCACUCUGGUACCAGCUCCCCUUUCGCCCCCGUUCCUCCCAGGAUUCCAAUUAUAGAGCGAUGCGUGUAGGCUGUCGGCAGCUAACGUCCUGCCCACGACUAAAUGUAAUUUAUAGUGAAAGUCACACUUCUCUCUCUCUGCUGUUCAUCUCUUUUCUUCCUCAGGGAAUGUAAGGGCCCACCUACUGACGUAGGACUAGUAGAAGGCUGGUUGAUCCCUACAUGCUGUAAUAAAUAUAUUUAUUUAAGUCAUCUGAAUGGCCCUGGAUUUUGUAUUUCCCCCUCUUGCCUUGGCUUCACCUGGCUGUCUGCUGUCUGCUGCCUGCCUGCCACAGCAGGCUCCUAUGUAUGUCCCUACAGAGAAAUUAUCAAACGGUAGAAUGAGGUGAAUUUAUUGGUGCAAAUGGAAUGUGUUUGUGUGGAAGGUCUUUAUAGGUCAGAAGUGUAUGGGUUAAUAUCACAGCUGUCUUCCUGUCACACUGGGGAAGGUAUUUUCUUUCCAAGGACCAAGAAUAUACUGUAUCACAACUAAAUAGAGGCCUGUUGCUGCCCCAAGUUGCUUUGCUAUACUGAAAUAUGUUUUUCUCAUCUAUUCAUUUGGUUGUGAUUUAAUAUCAUAUUGUCUGGUGUUUGAAGUGUGAAGACGGCAUGUUUCCUUUUGCUUUUAAAACAGCUUUAUGACAGUCAUAUCAUGCCAGUGCCAGUUACUUGCUUAGGCUUCUUUCUCACUCAAGUGUUUCUCUCAAUUUUCUCAGUGUUUUUCAUCACUGUCUAAUUUGGAAGCCAGGUGUUUUUGGGGAGGGGAGUAGAUGGCUGCUGGGUAAACGUCUGUGGAUGGAGUAUGUCAUGCAGACGUGUGUUCUGUUGGUGACAAGCAUGUUAAUAAGCAAGCACCCAGGGGCUGUACGUGCAUGUGUGUGUGUCUCUGUCUCUGUGUGUGUCUGUCUGUCUCUGUGUGUGUGUCUGUCUCUGUGUGUGUGUGUGUCUCUCUGUGUGUGUGUGUAUGUCUGUCUGUGUGGUGUGUGUCUGUCUCUGUGUGUUUGUUUUGCAUCUGUGUCUGCUAACUGACAUGCAUACCAUCUCUGUCCAGUGCUGUACUGACCAGGAGACAUCACAUCUCUCUCUCUGUCCAGUGGUGUACUGGCCAGGAGAGUCUUGUUGCAGCUUGUAGGCUGUGUGUUUGAGUUCAGGAGUCUUGUUGCAGCUUGUAGGCUGUGUGUUUGAGUUCAGGAGUCUUGUUGCAGCUUGUAGGCUGUGUGUUUGAGUUCAGGAGUCUUGUUUCAGCUUGUAGGCUGUGUGUUUGAGUUCAGGAGUCUUGUUGCAUCUUGUAGGCUGUAUGUUUGAGUUCAGGAGUCUUGUUGCAGCUUGUAGGCUGUGUGUUUGAGUUCAAGAGUCUUGUUGCAGCUUGUAGGCUGUGUGUUUGAGUUCAAUAGUCUUGUUGCAGCUUGUAGGCUGUGUGUUUGAGUUCAAGAGUCUUGUUGCAGCUUGUAGGCUGUGUGUUUGAGUUCAGGAGUCUUGUUGCAGCUUGUAGGCUGUGUGUUUGAGUUCAGGAGUCUUGUUUCAGCUUGUAGGCUGUGUGUUUGAGUUCAGGAGUCUUGUUUGCAGCUUGUAGGCUGUGUGUUUGAGUUCAGGAGUCUUGUUUCAACUUGUAGGCUGUGUGUUUGAGUUCAGGAGUCUUGUUUCAACUUGUAGGCUGUGUGUUUGAGUUCAGGAGUCUUGUUGCAGCUUGUAGGCUGUGUGUUUGAGUUAAAGAGUCUUGUUGCAGCUUGAGGGCUGUUUUGAUGCUCCUCAUUGAUCUCUCAAUCUAUGACCCUUUAUUUUAACCCUAAUUGUUGUCAUGAAUAUCAUUUAUUUGCUAUAAUACGUCUUACUAAUUCUGUUUUCAAUGGCUUGCCUUGUAUUGAUCCCGGCUCCGUCCGGCUUCCAGGGUAGAUUGGAGGCUGUAGGUGAAUAAUAAUGUUUUCUUGGCUCGUUUUGCAGAAUGGUGAUGUACAUUGAAAGAGACAUCAGAAAGGCCACGCCAGGGAAGGAGCUACAAAGCAGCAAUGAAUACCUGUCAAAAUGCCUCGAUCUGCUCAUCCGUCACGUCGUGCUGGAGCUGCCAGCCAUUCUGGGUAAAUCAAUCACAAUAACACAAAACCACAGAACUAAGGGGAGUGAGGAGAGGUAGGGGAGAGGAGAGGAGAGGAGAGGAGAGGAGAGGAGAGGAGAGGAGAGGAGAGGAGAGGAGAGGAGAGGAGAGGAGAGGAGGGAGAGGAGAGGGAGGAGGAGAGGAGAGGAAGAGGAGAGGUAGGGAGAGGAGAGGUAGGGGAGAGGAGAGGAGAGGUAGGGGAGAGGAGAGGUAGGGGAGAGGAGAGGAGAGGAGAGGAGAGGAGAGGUAGGGGAGAGGAGAGGAGAAGGAGGGGAGAGGAGGAGGUGAAGUGAAGUGAAGUGGGGUAGAGAGGAACUUGCAUCAAUGGCUGGAUGGAGCAAGCCAAUUUGAUUCCCCCUCUUUUUAAUUACCUUUCUGAUUGAAUUUUAAAUCACCCAGCCAGGUAUUGACCUUUUCCUGCUGUUUCAUUUGUAAAUCAGUGCUGCUAACAUGGCACGUCUCCCAUCAGGGCCGGAAGCCAGACCCAACCGGUUCAAACCGGUCCGGGCUCAUUCUCCUCUAACAUCACGGGGAGGAGAGGAGAGGGGAUGGGAUGGGAGGGGGACGGGUGGGGAGAGGAGAUGGGAGGAGAGAGGAGGAGAGGGGAGGGGAGGGGAUGGGAGGAGAGGGCAACGGAGAGAGAGAAACCCCUCUGUCCUCUUUAGAUGACAUGCUGUCUGUCUGUCUCUGUCCUCUGUAGAUGACAUGCUGUAUGUCUGUCUGUCUGUCUGUCUGUCUGUCUGUCUGUCUGUCUGUCUCUCACCCCUCUGUCCUCUGUAGAUGACCUGCUGUCUGUCUGUCUGUCUCUCACCCCUCUCGCUUCUGUCCUCUGUAGAUGACAUGCUGUCUGUCUGUCUGUCUCUCACCCCUCUCUCCUCUGUAGAUGACAUGCUGUCUGUCUGUCUGUCUCUCACCCCUCUCUCCUCUGUCCUCUCUCCUCUGUAGAUGACAUGCUGUCUGUCUGUCUCUCACCCCUCUCUCCUCUGUCCUCUCUCCUCUGUAGAUGACAUGCUGUCUGUCUGUCUCUCACCCCUCUCUCCUCUGUCCUCUCUCCUCUAUAGAUGACAUGCUGUCCGUGCUGGGCAGUAUAGUGGGCAGGAAGCAUCCCUCCACUGUUCAGGCCAAGCAGCUGAAGCAGAGUGUACCCAUGAUGACCGUGGUGCUCCACCUCCUCACCUCUCAGGUGACCCCGCAUACUGUACUACUGUAUGUCACAAACACUGUCUGUUAGGGCUGGGCGCUAUACCGUGUUUUACCAUAUACCGGUAUUGAUGCACGGACCGGUUUGGGUUUUUACUUUACCUUCUAUAACGGUAUUUGAGCGGUAUCUCCAUGCUGCUUUCCACACAGACCUAGCCCCGCCCCCUGUCACUCAAGGAGUGCAUUUGUUGUUCCUCGACCAGGAGACACUUGCUUCAUAAUAUAAAUCCACUAGCGUUCUAUAAUUUCACUAUUAGUUUGUGUUUCUUACAUCUGCAAACAGCUAGUUUGUCUUUUCUUAGCAAGUUGGGCCUAAAUCGUGUUAGCCGCUAAUGCUAAUCGCUAAUUAGUAACAAAUGUACUGAGUCAGAGCAAACGUAAUUAGCUAUACUGCCUGAUAAUACCAGUGAGGGUGUAGACCUAAAUUAGCAUGUUGUUUGUGCAACAUAAUCUUCUAAAUCAAAGAGGAUUACGCAAAGCAUGAAUAUGUUAGCUACAUGAAGUAGCUGAGAGAAAACAUUCAAUGUAGCCAAAGAUUAUAGGGUCCCUUAGGAAACACUUAUCAAUACUUUGGUUCCUACCAUGUCACAAUAACGCCUCCCUGGCAUUUUCAUUCGUUGUCAUGUCAAACAACACUGUAUUCAAAGUGCCAACUAUUAUAUUUUAACUAUAUAAUUAGAAUAAUCAUUCUAUUUCCAUGAUUCCAAAAGUUCACCGAAGUGUUUUGCUCUAAAUUGCAAGCCAAAUCGCAAAUUUGGUUAAAAAUAAGUGAUUGUUUGCCCAUAUCGUGCAGCCCUACGUGUGGAAAUGAUCUCAAAGGAGUGCAGGAAAUGCAGAAAUGGAUGAACAUGCUGAAAAUUAUUUUUGGUUGAAUUGAACAGUAUAAAACAAUCAGAAUGGAGAAAGACCCAUUUGAAAUCACUUAGAAUGUAGGUGUUGCAACCCUAGAGUCACGCACUACUCACCGCUCUUCGUACUUGGCGACUUCAACCUCCCAACGUCUGCCUUUGAUUCAUUUCUUUCCAACUCUCUCUUUCCCCUCCUUGCCUCUUUUGACAUCACAUUUUCCCAAUCCCUUCCAACUCACAAGGCAGGCAAUACGCUUGACCUCAUCUUUACUAGAGGCUGCUCGCCUACUAAUCUCACUAAAACCCCCCCUCCAGGUCUCUGAUCACUACUUUGUUUCCUUUUCUGUCUCCCUUUCGUCCAAACCUAACCACUCAGCCCUACCCAGAUGGUCAUACGCUGUCGCAAUCUUCACUCUCUCUAUCUCCCACUACUCUCUCCUCUUCUAUCCUAUCAUCUCUCCCUUCUGCUAAAUCCUUCUCCCUCCUGUCUCCUGAUUCUGCCUCUUCGACCCUACUCUCCUCCCUUUCCGCAUCCUAUGACUCGCACUGUCCUCUUUCCUCCCGGGCCGGCUCAGCCCUCCCCUCCUGCUGCAUGGCUGAGUGACUCAUUGCGAGCUUACAGAACAGGAAUGCGGGCAGCUGAUCGAAAAUGGAGGAAAACUAAACUUCCAGAGGACCUAUCAUUCUUUCACUGCCUGCUCUCUACCUUCUCUUCCUCUGUAUCCGCUGCUAAAGCCACUUUCUACCACUCUAAAUUUCAAGCUUCUGCCUCUAACCCUAGGAACUAUUUUCCACCUUCUCCUCCCUCCUUAAUCCUCCACCCCUUCCCACUCCCUCCUCCCUCUCUGUGGGCGACUUUGUCAACCACUUUGAAAAGAAGGUUGACGACAUCCGCUACUCAUUCACUCAGCCUAUUGAGUCCACUGGUCUCACUCACACAGAACUACCCUACGCUGUGACCUCUUUCUCCCCUCUCUCUCCAGAUGACAUCCUGCGACUAGUGAGGUCUGGUUGCCUAAUAUCCUGCCCGCUUGACCCCAUCUCCUCCUCCUUUCUCCAGACAAUCUCUGGAGACCUUCUCCCAUUCCUCAAUUCCCUCAUCAACUCAUCCCUGACCACUGGCUGCGUCCCCUCUGACUUCCAAAUGGCCCGAGUCGCUCCCCUCCUCAAGAAAUCAACACUUGACUCAUCUGACGUCAAAAACUAUAGUCCUGUAUCCCUUCUUUCUUUUCUUUCCAAAACACUUGAGCGUGCCGUCUCUGACCAACUCUCUCGUUAUCCCUCUCAGAACAAUCUUCUUGACCCUAACCAGUCAGGCUUCAAGACGGGUCACUCAAACGAGACUGCUCCCUCUGUGCCACUGAGGCUCUCCUCUCUGCAAAAGCUGACUCUCUUUCCUUUGUUCUCCUCCUCCUAGAUCACCGUGAACCAUCAGAUCCUCCUCUCCACCCUCUCAGGGCUAGGCGUCUCAGGCUCUGCACACUCUUGGAUUGCAUCCUACCUGGCAGGCCGCUCCUGCCAGGUGACGUGGAGAGGAUCUGUGUCUGCACCACGUACUCUCAGUUCUGGUGUCCCCCAGGGUUCGGUUCUAGGCCCUCUCCUCUUCUAUACACCAAGUCACUCGGCUCCGUCAUAUCCUCACAUGGUCUCUCCUAUCAUUGCUAUGCGGAUGACACUCAACUACUUUUCUGCUUCCCCCCUUCUGACACCCAGGUAGCGACACGCAUCUCUGCUUGCCUGGCAGAUAUCUCAACUUGGAUUUCAGCCCACCACCUCAAGCUCAACCUCGACAAGACGGAGCUGCUUUUUCUCCUGGGGAAGGCCUGCCCGCUCAAAAUCCUCUCCAUUCCGGUUGACAACUCCACAGUGUCGCCCUUCCAGAGUGCAAAGAAUCUUGGCGUGACCCUGGACAACACCCUGUCAUUCUCUGCAAACAUCAAAGCAGUGACUUGCUCCUGCAGGUUCAUGCUCUACACCACCUGUAGAGUACGACCCUACCUCACACAAGAAGCAGCGCAGGUCCUAAUCCAGGCACUUGUCCUCUUCCGUCUUUACUACUGCAACUCGCUGUUAGCUGGGCUCCCCGCUUGUGCCAUCAAACCCCUGCAACUUAUCCAGAACGCUGCAGCCCGCCUGGUUUUCAACCUUCCCAAGUUCUCUCAUGUCACCCCGCUCCUCCGCACACUCCACUGGCUUCCAGUUGAAGCUCUCUUCCACUACAAGACCAUGGUGGUUACCUACGGAACAGCAAGAGGAACUGCCCCGCUCUACCUUCAGGCUAUGGAAAAAUGUACUUUCUAUGCCUGUGAUAUGUGGUUGUCCCACCUAGCUAUCUUAAGAUACAUGCACUAACUGUAAGUCGCUCUGGAUAAGAGCGUCUGCUAAAUGACUAAAAUAUUAAAAUAAAGCAAAUGAGAACUUUUAUUUUAUUAUUCAAGAAAACAUAAAAUACCGUCUUUCCAUCCAAUUUUUUAAAAUGACCGUGAUAUGAUAUUUUGCACAUAUCGCCCAGCCAUACUGUUUGUGUGUGUGAGCGUGCGUGCGUAUGUGCAUGCAGAUCAAGUGUACAGUGUGUGUAUGUGCGUGCAUGUGCGUGAUUGCAAAAUGAGAUUACUUGUUUAAUAAGAUGGGACCUCAGUCAGUUAUAAUUGAUUCACAAGCUAAUGGGUCAGGAUUGGUCUGGAUCUCUGACACUAUUGGAAUAACUCCCAAUUGGCUGUUUGAACAUAUUAUAGGAGUCUUAUAGCAUCUCUCCAUCGUAAAACAUACAGCACACUGCCUAGAGGCUUCAACUGAUGCUUAUUGAUAACUUAGCAGAAGGGUUUCAGAAAUGUAUGUCCACUCCUACCACCUAGAGCCAAUGAAUCAGGGGGUUAGCUUUAAGAGCUGUGAGUCUCUCUCUCCUCAUCCAAACCAACAUAGAUCUUAAUCAGCUUUAUCAGAGGCAGAAUAGAGCAGAGAACAGUGCCAGAGACCACGGCUCAUCUGAGCACUGCCACAACUAAUUGUAUUAGAAUGCUGCAGUCGAACAGUAACACACACGCCCACACACACACGCGUCAAGUACUGUGUGCAGUGAGUGUUAAUAACCUUGAUACGUAAUUGAGGUUGCUUCGUCUUAUGCUGACAUACAGUAUCUGAGCUCUUAGGAGUGGUAAAACUAAUGUGGUUGUUUACCCAAUAUGGUUAUGGUUCACUUGGAUAACUGUAGACUGGCCAACACUGAGAGGGUGUCAAAUAAAAGGAGAAGUUGAAAUAUUCACACCCCACUGUAUAUCUGAUGUCAAAGUGUGUUUGCUAUGUCACUGUGGCAAAACAGAUUUAGAUAUCAAAGUCAUAGCUGAUGCACUAUUUAAGUUUACAUUUAGGCUAAACUUUGAUUCCUCUUUUCCAAAACCAUAAUUACAAAUACAUAAUAUACCCAGAGUUGUCAUAUUAAACGUCUUGAAAAUUGCAUGAAAGGUUGUUAUUUUCAUCCCACUCUGCCUCACAGUUAGAUUAUUGCCAGUUGCCAAAAUAAAUGGUGGGGAAAUUGGAUUUUGUGGUGACAGUCUCAAUUGUGCAGAGAUUAUUAAUAAUAUGACUAAAUCCUAGCGAGAGAGAUGCUUGUCAACAAGCAGCCUGGUCGAUGAAACCAUGCACUGAUUAAAUAUAGCAUUUCCAUUUCCCCUGCCAUUCUUCAUGGAGACUAGACAGCAUCACCACAGUGGUUGAGCCAUCUCAUUUGAAAAAGUAAUAACUUGUCACUCUGAUAGAUCCCCCCACUGCCAUUACCUCAUUUUAUAAGGUAACGCAUUUAAUAGUCUGUUAAAUGGGAUUACUGUGUUAUUUAGCUGUGUUGUGACAGAUGUCUGUCCCUAAUAGCGGUGGUCCUUGCCAUGCGUGGGUAAUGACAUGAUGAUAUUAAAGAUAGCUGUAGCUGGGGUUCUGAUGUGAGCCUGGACUGAUGCUCUAGUUUACAUCUAUGUGUCUAUCACUUUACUACAGGCCACGUCUGCCCUGGAGCUCUUAAUCAAUCAGUGAAUGGAGCAGUCCUUUCAAGAUGUGUGUGUGGUGGAGGGUGGGGGUGGUGGGGGGGGGGGGGGUAGGUAGGCGGGGAAUAGACUUGAUGGAGCACAGCACAUUAAUGUUGUUUGGAGUGGUUGUUUUAGUGGAUGGACUCUCUCGCCUGUGUGUCGUGUGUGUGUGUUUCCACCGCUGGACCUGGUGAGAAAGGGAAAACAAUGCUCUACUGUGGGCUGACAGCUCAGUGGGGCUUUAUGAAGCCUCUGCUUACAGGAGCAGAGAAGGUUGGCAAGGAAUUGAGAGUUAGAGAGGAGGACAGGUUGGCUAAGGUCAGAGAGAGAGAGACAGAACUUACUGUAACUGGGACACAGUGUAAUAUAUAUAUCUCCCUUUCCCUCUCUCUCUCUCUCUCUCUCGCUCUCUCUCCCUUUCUCUGUCUCGCUCGCUCUCUCUCUCGCUCUCCUCUCCCUUUCUCUGUCUCGCUUGCUCUCUCGCUCUCUCUCUCUCUCUCUCUCCCUUUCUCUGUCUCGCUCUCUCUCGCUCUCUCUCUCCCUUUCUCUGUCUCUCUCUCCCUUUCUCCCUUUCUCUGUCUCUCUCUGUGUAUAUGUCUCUCUCUCUCUCAAUCAGUUUUUUAGAUAUUCAGGCCACAGGUAGUGACUGAGGAGUUUAUCUUCAAAUUUGGAGCACUGCUGGUAAGUAAUUGAGACAGUGGUGUAUAGUGGUAUAGUCCCAUGGCCUUCUGCACCCCUCAUUCCUGAUGUUGUGUCUUCCAGAAUCACAUAACAUCUAUUGAUGCCAGUGAGACCAGUUUGGGCAGUGCAAUAGGUGAGUGAAUAUCAGCUUGCUUUAUCACUGGUUUUUAGUACUGUAGGCUUCAUCUGCAUCUGAACAACUGGCGCAUAGAGUCAAUACUGUAGGUAUAACCUUGUGCUGUUUGAUUCCCAGGACAAGCAGGUUCAGAGGAGCUGAUCAGGAACACUCUGUCAGCUGUGGAGGCCAUCUCCCAGCACCCAGCCCUGCUGACGCCCCAUCACUGUACUGUGAGUAGGGUCCUAGCCCCUAACCCUCUAGCCCCUAGUCCCUAACCCCCUAGUCCCUAACCCCCUAGCCCCUAACCCCCUAGCCCCUAACCUCUUAGCCCCUAGUCCCUAACCCUCUAGUCCCUAACCCUCUAGUCCCUAACCCUCUAGUCCCUAACCCUCUAGCCCCUAGUCCCUAACCCCCUAGUCCCUAACCCUCUAGUCCCUAACCCUCUAGCCCCUAUCCUAACCCCCUAGUCCCUAACCCCCUAGCCCCUAACCCCCUAGCCCCUAACCCCAUCCUAGCCCCUAGUCCCUAACCCCCUAGUCCCUAACCCCCUAGCCCCUAACCCCCUAGUCCCUAACCCUCUAGCCCCUAGUCCCUAACCCCCUAGUCCCUAACCCCCUAGCCCUAACCCCCUAGCCCCUAACCCCUAGCCCCUAGUCCCUACCUACCCCUAGUCCCUAACCCCCUAGCCCCUAACCCCCUAGCCCCUAACCCCCUAGCCCCUAACCCCUAGCCCCUAACCCCCUAGCCCCUAGCCUUUUAGCCCCUAGUCCCUAACCCCCUAGUCCCUAACCCCUAGCCCUAACCCCCUAGCCCCUAGCCUUUUAGCCCUAGUCCCUAACCCCCUAGUCCCUAACCCCCUAGCCCCUACCCCCUAGCCCCUAACCCCUAGUCCCCUAACCCCCUAGCCCCUAGCCUUUUAGCCCCUAGUCCCUAACCCCCUAGCCCUAACCCCUAGCCCUAACCCCCUAGCCCCUAGCCUUUUAGCCCCUAGUCCCUAACCCCCUAGUCCCUAACCCCCUAGCCCCUAGCCUUUUAGCCCCUAUCCCCUAACCCCCUAGUCCCUAACCCCCUAGCCCCUAGCCUUUUAGCCCCUAGUCCCUAACCCCCCUAGUCCCCUAACCCCCUUAGCCCCUAACCCCCUAGCCCUAGCCCCCUAGCCCAGCUUUAGCCCCUAGUCCCUAGCCCCCUAGUCCCUAACCCCCUAGCCCUAACCCCCUAGUCCCUAACCCCUAGCCCUAACCCCUAGCCCCUAGCCUUUUAGCCCCUAGUCCCUAACCCCCUAGUCCCCUAAGCCUUUUAGCCCCUAUCCCUAACCCCUAGCCUAACCCCUAGCCCCUAGCCCCGUCCUAGCCCUAGCCUUUUAGCCCCUAGUCCCUAACCCCCUAGUCCCUAACCCCUAGCCCCUAACCCCCCCUAGCCCCUAGCCUUUUAGCCCCUAGUCCCUAACCCCCUAGCCCCUAGCCUUUUAGCCCCUAGUCCCUAACCCCUGCCCCCCUACCACUUUAGCCCUAGCCCUUAAGCCCCUAGUCCCUAACCCCCUAGCCCCUAGCCUUUUAAGCCCCUAGUCCCUAACCCCUAGUCCCUACCCCUAGCCCCUAGCCUUUUAGCCCCUAUCCCACUAUACCCCCUAGUCCCUAACCCCUAGCCCUAGCCUUUAGCCCCUAGUCCCUAACCCCUAGUCCCUAACCCCCUAGCCCCUAGCCUUUUAGCCCCUAGUCCCCUAACCCCCUAGUCCCUAACCCCCUAGCCCCUAGCCUUUUAGCCCCUAUCCCUAACCCCCUAGUCCCUAACCCCCUAGCCCCUAGCCUUUAGCCCCUAGUCCCUAACCCCCUAGCCCCUAGCCUUUUAGCCCCUAUCCCCUAACCCCCUAGUCCCUAACCCCCUAGCCCCUAGCCUUUACCCCUAGUCCCUAACCCUCCCUAGCCCUAACCCCCUAGCCCCUAGCCUUUUAGCCCCGUAUCCCCUAACCCCCUAGUCCCUAACCCCCUAGCCCCUAGCCUUUUAGCCCCUAGUCCCUAACCCCCUAGUCCCUAACCCCCUAGCCCCUAACCUCUUAGCCCCUAGCCUUUUAGCCCCUAGUCCCUAACCCCCUAGUCCCUAACCUCUUAGCCCCUAACCCCCUAGCCCCUAGCCUUUUAGCCCCUAUGCCUCUAGGCUCUAUUGACGCCCCAUCACUGUACUGUGAGUCUGGCCCUGUGGUCUGCAAGGAGCCUGCAGCAACACUGGCCCCGUCCAGAAACAACCCUUGACCCCUAACCCAUAGGCACUGGUCCACUCAGAUGUCCACUCAUAAGUGCGGAGGGGCUAAGGACUAGAGGUUAGGGAUUGUCUACCAGCCCAGUACUUCCUUCCCAACACAGGGCCCUGGCAUUUGGGGUUGACUUGGAGUAAUAAUGUAUGGUGUUGGAGUGAGACCAUCAGACCAUCAGACUAUCAGUUGUGCUGCCUCAGCUGGGCCUUGGUCUGGUCUGAGGAGGCUGUGUAAUGAAUAUUGACCUACAGGAAGGAGCUGGGCCAGGCACGGGCUGAGUCCUAAAUGGAGCGCUAUUCUCUAUAUACUAUGGGCCACGGUCAAAAGUAGUACACUAUAAAGGGAAUAGGGUGCAAGAAGAAGAAGAAGAAGAAGAAGAAGAAGAAGAAAGAAGAAGAAGAAGAAGAAGAAGAAGAAGAAGAACAGCUCCUCUGAAGAAGAAGAGAAGAAGAAGAAGAAGAAGCACAGCUCCUCUGAGAAGAAGAAGAAGAAGAGAAGAAGAAGAAGAAGAAGAAGAAGAGCACAGCUCCUCUGAGAAGAAGGAGAAGAAGAAGGAGAAGAAGAAGAAGCACAGCUACUGAGUAAUAUGAGAAGGCACUUUAAUUACAUGUCUGACACUAGUCAUUAGACAUCCACUGAGCGUUGUCUGUCAGCGGUGGAGUUUUGAGAAGGGAGCAGCACAAACACAUGCAUGAGUACACACACACACACACACACACACAGUUUGAUUGUUUCCUUUUGUUGGAACAAGCUCUCUGCAGAGGUGAACCACAGCAAUAUCAGAUCUAGUCAUCUGUUUUUAGUUCUAUCUAUUUAUACUCUUGACUGGCUGUUGCUUUAUAGAAAUGCUUCUUCUGAAGUCAGACAGACACAUUAAAAGCAGUUUGCAUGAUGGAGGGAGAAUAUGUGCUCAACUAAAUAUAAUGGGAAAUAGGCGACAGCGACACAAAAUGCUCCGCAAAGCACAACAGUCUCUUUUGAUGGAUAUAUUCUAAUAAAAAACAAAGGUGCUCAAUGGAUCCGUCUCAAAUGGCACCCUAAUCCCCUUACAGAGUAGUGCACUGCUUUUGUCCAGGGCGCAUAGGGCUCUGGUCCAGGGUAGUGCACUAAAUAGGGAAUAGGGUGCCAUUUGGGACGCAUCCAUCGAGACACAGUACAUCCUUUGUACCCACCUCAGGCUUCAUAUUCUAAUGAUGUCUCCCGUUUAGAUGACGUCCUGGUUGAGACUAGAACAGAACAGAACAGAGCGUUUACUGUUGUUUCUAUGGAAAUAGUCCUCAUCAUAAUAGGGAUGGAUCCAAUUGUUAUUAUAAAAAGCGCUCACAUCAGGUGUUAUCUUCUAAUGGUGUAUAUGAUCAAAGGACAGGGGCAACAUCAUAUUUACAUAGAAAUUGGGAGUGCUCACACAAGUGCUUGGUUUCAUUGCUCCUAGCUUUUAUAGACGACAUGUUGUAAAGAAAAUACAUGAUUAUACAUUUGCAUGUGAUGAAUAAAUGACUUGUAGGCGAUGAAUAAUAGGAGUCAAAUGUAAAUAGUCUUAUUUUAUGUUUAUGUGUUGUUUAUUUUAUGUUAUUUGUUUAUUUUAUGUUUAUUUGUUUUUUAUGUUUAUUUGUUGUUUGUGUUGUUUAUUUGUUUUUUUAAUGUUUAUUUAUUGUUUAUUUGUUUAUUUGUUGUUUAUGUGUUGUUGUUGUUUUUAUCUCUUCAAGGUUGUUGAUUGCAUUCUUCCUCCACUGACUUCUCUUGCCUUCAGUAAAAAU